UAGAUGCAUUUGUAUUUUUACUGCAGCUUAAAAAAGGAGGGGAUGAGAAUGAGGUGGAGCGGGGGUCAUCGUGGAGGAUAAGAAGUGGGUGGCGCAUGCGCAUAACACUCGGAGCUCCAGUUACACUUUUUCAUGGCAAGAUUUUUGGGAUGUGGGGGGAGGGCGAAUCCGCAACUUUCUCAACAUUUCCCCCCUGAAUAAAACACCAACUACUAACUUUUUGUUUCCUCACAUUGUCGAUUUAAAUCAUUUUGAACACUUUUUGGCAUUUUUUCUCCCCCUAACGAUGGAAUUCGGAGACGAACCAAAGGGAAACGACUACGGAGGAUUUCGGGGAGGAAAAACUUUGGAUCGUCCUUAAACGUGUGUUCAUCUUUUCGGAUCUUCACUGCAAACAAACAAAGAAAACAUGCCUUUCGGGCCUCGACAACAAUCUCACCAGUAAAGCAGCCGGAUUCAGCUUUAUCGUCAUUUUUGCACGAUUUUGUCCCCCACCCGCCGCCCCCUCUCCGUGUACCCCCUCCUCUCGAUCCCAAGAUGUCCUCCCAAGUUUGGAGCGCCUUUGUUGACUUGUACGGGAUGCUGUGCGUGCUGGCCUGCUGCAGUAGCGGCGCCGCGCUGCUGUCCCCCAACGCGACCAUCUUUGAGGACAAAUGCAAGACGACGACGACGUGCGAGGCGCUCAAGUACAACACAUGCCUGGGCUCACCUCUGCCGUACACGCACACGUCCCUGGUGCUGGCAGAAGACUCCAGCUCUCAGGAGGAGGCUUUUGAGAAGCUGACCAUGUGGUCUGGUUUGCGAAACGCUCCUCGCUGUUGGUCCGUCAUCCAGCCGCUGCUCUGCGCCGUCUACAUGCCCAAGUGUGACAACGGCCGAGUGGAGUUGCCCAGUCAGAGUUUGUGUCUGGCCACGCGUCGUCCUUGCAGCAUCGUGGACCAGGAGCGCGGCUGGCCCAACUUCCUCAAAUGCGAGAAAUUCCCAGUAGGCUGCUCGAACGAGGUCCAAAAGCUGAAGUUCAACACGUCGGGCCAGUGCGAGGCGCCGCUGGUGAAGACGGACAUCCAGUCAAGCUGGUACAAGGACGUGGAAGGCUGCGGCAUCCAGUGCGACAACCCGCUGUUCACCGAAGAGGAGCACGACGACAUGCACGCCUACAUCGCCUACUUUGGCACCAUCACCCUCCUCUGCACAUUCUUCACCCUGGCCACGUUUCUGGCCGACUGGAAGAACUCCAACCGCUACCCCGCCGUCAUUCUCUUCUACAUCAACACCUGCUUCUUCGUGGGCAGCAUCGGUUGGCUGGCACAGUUUUUGGACGGCGCACGUGACGAGAUCGUGUGCAAGAGCGACAACACCAUGAGACUCGGGGAGCCCUCUUCGUCCGAGACCUUGUCAUGCGUGACCAUCUUCAUCAUCGUGUACUACUCGCUCAUGUCGGGAGUGAUUUGGUUCGUGAUGCUGACCUACGCCUGGCACACCUCCUUCAAGGCGCUUGGCACCACCCAGCAGCCGCUCACCGGGCGCACCUCCUACUUCCACAUGGUCACCUGGUCCAUCCCCUUCGUCCUCACCGUCGCCAUCUUGGCCAUUGCUGAGGUGGAUGGCGACUCGGUGAGCGGGAUCUGCUUUGUAGGCUACAAAAACUACAGAUACCGUGCCGGCUUCGUGCUGGCGCCCAUCGGAGUGGUGCUCGUGGUCGGCGGCUACUUUCUCAUUCGAGGUGUCAUGACGUUGUUCUCCAUCAAAAGUAACCACCCGGGACUGCUGAGCGAGAAAGCGGCCAGCAAAAUCAAUGAGACGAUGCUGAGACUUGGUAUAUUUGGGUUCUUAGCUUUCGGCUUCGUCUUCAUCACCUUUGGCUGCCACUUCUACGACUUCUUCAACCAGGCAGAAUGGGAGAGGAGCUUCAGGGAAUACGUGCUGUGCGAAGCCAACGUCACCAUCGCCUCCCAGACCAACAAGCCCAUCCCAGAGUGCACCAUUAAGAACCGACCCAGUCUGAUGGUGGAGAAAAUCAACCUCUUCUCCAUGUUUGGGACUGGCAUCGCCAUGAGCACAUGGGUGUGGACCAAAGCGACGAUCCUCAUCUGGAAGCGUACCUGGUGCAAGAUCAUUGGGCGCAGCGACAACGAACCCAAGAGGAUCAAGAAGAGCAAGAUGAUCGCCAAGGCCUUCGCCAUGCGGAAGGAGCUGCACAACGACCCGGAGAAGGAGCUGUCGUUCAGCAUGCACACCAUGUCACAUGACUGUCCUGUUGCCGGGAUCAACUUCGACAUCAACGAGCCGUCCAAUGACAUGUCGUCGGCUUGGGCACAGCAUGUGACCAAGAUGGUGGCCCGGAGAGGCGCCAUCUUGCCUCAGGACAUCUCGGUCACUCCCACGGGGACGCCGGUUCCUCCCCCCGAGGAGAGGAACAGGCUGUGGAUGGUGGAGGCUGAAAUCUCCCCAGAGAUGAUAAAGAGGAAGAAGAAGAAAAAGAAGAGGAGGAAGGAGACGCGUGCAGCAGCGGAGGAGGCGGCGAUAGCGGCGGUGGACCACCAGGCUUAUCCCCGGAGGGAAUUUGGCCGCAGCUCGGUCCCCCGUCUCCCCAAGCUGCCCUGUCACCCCAGCCUGGUGGCCAACCUGCGGGAGCAGCAGCGGCAACAGCAGAUGCUGGAGGACGACAUCCUUCCGGGAUCCUAUCCGGACUUUCCGCCUUCGCCCGUCGACGAGCGGGGCCGCCUCCCGCCCUAUCAGAGCGUUCGGGGCAAUUACGGCCGCGGCAAGUUCUCGGACCGCCCGGAGGACCUGGGCCUGGGCCCCCGCUGCCCGCCCAGUACCUCCUUCUGCCUCCAGGAGGGGCUGUCAGAGAGGAUGGCGCACGUGGCGAGGGUGCCCGCAGGCCGGGGGGUCGGCUACGGCCCCAUCCACUCGCGGACUAACCUGAUGGAGGCGGAGCUUAUGGACGCUGAAUCAGACUUCUAAAUUGCACUGACAGUAAGCUAAAGAAAAAGUGCUGGAUACUUUCAAAACUCCUUAGUGCACCUAUGUUUAUUUUUUACAUUGAACAAAGCUUUUUUGUAUUUUUAAGGAAAGGGAUAAAGAGGAAAUACAUAUUUUUGUAAAGCCAAGUCCAAUACAACUUCAUUGGCAACUUUAUGACGGAACACAAAUGAGGCAGCUAAAAAAUGGCUUGAAAGAAUAUACUAUUGAUUAUUCUGAAGAAGAAAAAUAAAGAACAGCAUCAUCAUUUCUUGUGACAUGGCAGGUUACCAUUAAAGUAGGCUAAACUAUUUUUGAAUAAUUACUGUCUUCUGUACUCUUUAAACCUCUCCACGCCCACUUUUUAGCCAAAAAAAACACUCCAAAUGUUUAUGUAGUAACUUUAAUCAAUGGUGCUUUUUACGAUACAUUUAAUAAUGGAAGGAAAAAAUACACUAUUGUCUUGUAAAGUAUCAAACUACAUUGUUGUAGUAUUCUUUUAAUUAGCGAAAUAAUAAUUAAAAAAAUGAUGCAUAUAGCAAUGUUUCACUUUCUGUUAAUUAUUUAAAUAUCUACACAAAACCCAUGUACUGCAUUCCCUAUUUCACAAUGUCUCACUUGUGACCAUGUAUAUACUAGCUGUGCAUAAAUGUCACACAAUGGGUAUUAUUUGUAAACAUUUAUAUAUAAAACUGUUUGAUUUAAAAAGAAAAAAAGGGAUGAGUAAAGGCAAUUCUGUCACUAUACGCUGUAACCAAAAUGUUGUUUCUAUUCAUGUCACUGUGGGCAAAUAAUGCUGACCUUAUAGUUCACCUUUUUUGACACAAUUGUAUGACAUUAUUAGCUAUUCUUGUGAGAAGUUUACAGAAGUAUUUAUAUUCGUAGCUGCAUUAAAUUAAAUGCCCCAUAAACGAUCAAAUAAAAUGACAAAUCAUAUUAAUGGUAAUUGUUUUCUGGCCCUUUAAAAGCACCACAUUCUGUUUUUGUGCGCUUUGAAAAGAUUUAAAAGCUGUUGUUUUUGUCUAUUUGUCCAUGUUGCCUCACGACUGUAAAAAAAAAAAAAAUCACUUUUAUGAUGCUGUACCUGUUUUUACAUGUGAAUAAAUGUAAUCAUUCACUUUUCA